AUGCAGGUGAACUCUUCAACUAGACGCCAGGAACCACCGAACUCGGUUGGGACUAUGCCCGCAAUCAAUGGCAAUAACAAGAUAAACUCUGAGGCAGCUAACUCGUCUCUUCUCCCCCAACACCAGGGCCAUCGCUUCGAGGGCGCCGAACGCCAGAACGUCAACCUCGAGGACAUUUUCCAGGGAGGCCAGGACGCUGAGUACCAGGGAAUUCAUGCCAUGCAGCGCGGCUAUCAAGUCCCCCAUAUGCCCACGAGCCAAAGGCAGGCUUCUCGACGCGUCGAGCAAGCCCCUAACGACCCGCGAUACCCGGCAGCAAAGCCCGCCGUGGGCAGCGAGGAGUGGUAUAAAGUGCGCAAAGAUAACCACAAGGAGGUCGAGAGACGCCGCCGAGAGACAAUUAAUAAAGGAAUAGAGGAUUUGGCUCAAGUUGUGCCCGAUUGCGACAAACACAAAGGUCAGAUUCUGUCCAAGGCAGUCGAGUACAUCAAGAAGCUCAAAGAAAAUGAGCACCAGUACAUGGAGAAGCUUACUCUUGAAAAGCUUCUUGCAGAGCAGGCCAUUGCCGAGCUUUCCAACACCAACAAGGCUUUGAAAAAUGAGCUUGCACAGGCCUGGAAGGAAGUUGAGCACUGGAAACGCCAGGCUGUGAAAGGCGACCAAUCUUGA